AUGUCCUCUCGCUCUUCGACCAAGGCUCUGGAAAGCGUCUUGAAUUUCAUCAAGGGGGGAAACCUGCAACCCGGUAGUAAACCCGGUUUUGCCCAUGGAUUGAACCUCUCCUACAACCAAAUUGCCAAAGAACGACUCUCCCUAUCGGACAACCGAAAAGUUUUGACCUACCGAUAUUCCCUAAAUGACCAUCAGGUACCCAAGGCCACUGCUGGGCUCUUCUCAGCCUUGAUGGAUGAAUGUUCUACCAAUGCAAUAUUUGCUUCAGGAAUGCCCAGUCCGCCAGGAGUCAGCCUUCAGAUGCAAACCGAAUUGUUACAGCCACUCGACAAUGUGCAAGAGUUUGAUAUCAUCAAUAUUGUCACCAAGUUGGGUCGGACAAUUUCCCACACCCGCACCGACUUUGUGUGCACAAAAACUCAACAAACCUUGGCGUUUUCCUCUCAUGUCAAGUACAUGCCCAUCGGAAACAUUGUUAUGGAUUGGGUCUUUACCAAACCCUGGCUAUUCAAAUGUUUCGAAACUUGGUUCAUCCAGCGAAAGGGAAAUCCACAGGUCUACGACGACAAACAUUUGUAUAAUGAUGUGAUUGCCGGUCACAUGGAACCCGUCAAUGUUGGAAGAGCUCAUUUCCACAUUACCCGUGAACACACAAAUCCAUUUGGUGCCAUGCACGGUGGCUGUCAUGCCAUGGUCAUGGAACACGUAGGCACUGCUUUUGCCCAGGCCGAACUGUCGGCUACAACCUCUGCUGUGACUCUGGAGGCGAUGCAGAUUGAUUAUUUGGCGGCCGCCAAAGGAAGCGUGGAUGUGGUGUGUGAAAGCAUUGGUACCAUUUUGGAUUCUUCGUCUCGACCAACAAUUAUUCAUGUACGAGUCAAGAUACAGAAAGGAGACCGGAUCUUGUCCGAGGGAAAGCUGAGCUUACUCAAAUUCUGGCAUGCUGACAGCUCAGAGAGGAAAGCACCAGAUCAUGAUGAUGUUUGCAAUGUCAUUGCCAGUGUUGGGUCUAUUUCAGUUCUUCAAUGGGCUCAUGAGCAAGGAUUCCCGUGGGAUGAUAUUAUAUGCAUGUUUGCUGCUGAAGGUGGUCAUUUGGAAACACUGAAGUGGUUGCACAAGAAUGGAUGCGAAUGGGACGAGUGUACUUGCUUUGGUGCUGCUAUUUAUGGUCACUUGGAAACUCUCAAGUGGGCACAUGAAAAUGGAUGCCCAUCAUGGGAUGCAGAAACAUGCUCGGCAGCUGCUGGAGAGGGCCAUUUUGAAGUUCUAAAAUGGUUACAUGAAAAUGGAGCCCCUUGGGAUGAGGAUACAUGUUUUGCUGCUGCUGAUCGAGGACAGUUUGAAAUUCUCAAAUGGGCCCAUGAAAAUGGAUGCCCUUGGGAUAGUAGGGUGUGCCUUGAGGCUGCUAGAAAGGGCCAUUUUGAAGUUCUAAAAUGGUUACAUGAAAAUGGAGCCCCUUGGGAUGAGGAGACAUGCACUGCUGCUUGUGGCAAUGGCCACUUUGAAAUUCUCAAAUUGUUGCAUGAAAAUGGAUGUCCUUGGGAUGCGUUUUCGUGCUCUGGUGCUGCUUAUUGUGGACAUUUUGGAAUGCUCAAGUGGGCACACCAGAAUGGCUGCCCAUGGGAUGAGCACACAUGCAACAAUGCUGCUUCUGAUGGCAAUUUGGAAAUGUUGCAAUGGGCCCAUGAAAAUGGAUGCCCUUGGGAUGAAGACACAUGCUGGGCAGCUGCUGGAGAGGGCCAUUUAGAAACUUUAAAAUGGUUACGCGAGAAUGGCUGUCCAUGGGAUGGAGACACCCUCACUGCUGCCUCCGAUGGAGGCCACUUGGAGUGUCUAAAAUGGGCACGUGAAAAUGGAUGUCCAGAAUAG